AUGUUGGAUUCACUUUCAGUGCGUCUCGGACUGCUGCUGGGUGGUGCCCUCGUCAGCUUCAUUUUAGUUUUGCGGAAGCUCUACCCAAAACCGUAUCCGGGUAUUCCCUACAAUGAGGCAUCCGCGAGGCGUAUCACGGGCGAUAUGAUGGAUUUCGCUCCCAUCAUCCAAAAGACCAACGAAAUCUCGGACGCACUUUUCACCGUCACCACCCAAAAGCUGGGGACCCCAAUCGCCCAAGUUCUAUUCCCUGGCUUUCGCAAGCCCAUUAUCCUCCUGGAAGACCCCCGCGAGAUUGAAGACAUCAUUUUUACGACACCGGCGCUGAAAGCCCAGAAACGGUUGUGGGCCGACACCAUGAGCAUGGACUUCUUGCGAAGGGUUGCCGCUCCCAACAUCCACAAGUCUACAUGCGAGCUGAUUGAGCUAUGGCGCCUGAAAUCAUCCACGAAGUUCAAAAAUCAGGCGUUCAACGUCCACAGCGACUUCAAGGACGCGGCUCUGGACGCCAUUUGGGCGGUCAUCGUUGGAGAGGAGCCGGGCACUAUACAGCACGAUAUCAAGACGCUGGAGGACCAGAUGGCAGGAAAGGCGUCCUCCGGCGAAGCCCCGUCGAUUGGCUCGUUUCUCAAGGAACAGGUGUCCUACAUCAUGACCAGCAUUGCGCGCAACGGUAACACUCCCUCGCCCAAGUGGGCACAAAAGCUCGAGACAUACACACCACGGUACCGCAAGUUCCGCCGCGUCGUCAAAGCCGAGAUGCACCGCGCCAUGGAAACGGCCGUCGAACGCUAUAAGAGCUUAGAAGUCGCCCGCCUUGAAGACGACGCCGCCGAUACGUGUGCCAUGGAUCUAGUCCUACGCCGGCAGAUACUCCAAGCCAGGAAGGCCGGCGUGGCCCCCUCAGAUCCCACCAAAGACGAAAACAUGCUCGACGAAAUGUUUUCCAAACCACUCUCCGCGCCACCCUGCGCACCGCCUUCCCCUCCCCCCCCACCACCGGCCACCACCAUCCUCAACGCCGACAUCCCCUACCUCGACGCUACCUGCGAAGAAACCCUGCGCCUCUCAGGCACCGCCAAAGGUAGCCUACGCCAAGCGCUCGUCGACACGCACAUCCUGGGCUGUCCGGUGCCGCGCGGCGCCGAGAUCCUCAUGAACUACCACGUGAACAGGGCGCCGCCGGGCGAGGCUGUGGACGAGGGGAGGAGGAGUGCGACGUCGAGGGCGGCGGGCGAGAAGAGGGGAGAUGGGCUGAGGGGGGUGGCGGGGAGGGAUUUGGGGGUUUUUGAGCCGAGGCGGUGGACGGAGGCUGGCGAUGAUGGAACUGAAGAUUAUGGUGGUGAUGCUGGUGUUGAACUUUGA